AUGGACGACUCAUCUGGCAAAACUAUGGGCAACUCGUCUGCCAAAACUAUGGGCAACUCAUCUGGGAAAUGUAUGGGCAACUCUUCUGUUAAAACUAUGGGCGACUCAUCUGGUAGAACUAUGGACGACUUGGAAGAAGUGGGAAAAUACUUUGAACAACAUGGCAUAGCUAACCUAGAAGAAUUUUUAAAAGAAAAGCUCGAAAGAUGGAAAGACGUCGAAAUAAAAUUCGGCAUAACAGGUGAUUCCGGCGUUGGAAAGUCCACCUUUAUAAACGCCAUACGAGGGUAAGCGAUUUAAAUAUUCUAUUAAACAUGUACAUUAAUUAAGCGCAAGUUUCUAUCCAAGAAUCUGGAGAGGCAGUAUUUAUCAGCAGGCAGUGAGUAUCUAGAGAGGUAUAGGGUUUGUAGAAAAAAGCCAAUUUAACUUAAUUAAACGGGUCGCUGGGCAAAUCAAACCUUAUAAUAACGCUGUCAUAGAUCUCAUACAUGCAUGCAUGUUUGAACUUUUCAACGGAAGUUCUGAAUGGAAAGUAAGUUUAUUUUACAAUUGACAUUACCCAAAAAGUGCCGACAUUGUGCUAUGUCCAAGCAAUAUCCAAGAAAUCAUUUUCUCUAAAAAAUAAUAUUAAAGUUGUAAUGGUAUCACCAAAAGCGCAGAUCCUUCUCAGUACUCGCCCUAAAAAACAUGUGUUUUCGUGUCAAAACAUUCAGAAAUGCGACCACAUUAGCUACGCCGAUUACUGCUAAAAUGUCAAACUAUUAAUAACUAAUUUCAGAACAAUUUCCCGCAGACCAGUCACUAAACGUCGCAAUUUCGACUAAAUUGUCGAUUCACGAUGAUAGAAAUGUAGACAAUGUAGUCGCAUUCCUGACACGAAAACUUAACAUUACACGUUCUUUGGGCGAGAGGAGUGCCGCGGUUUUGGAAAUAUCACUAGCUAAAUUAAUACUAGAACUAGAAGCUAACCCCUCCCGCAAUGAUAACUGACUGACUUUAUAAAUUUAAGAGAUUGAUUCUUUUCCCUGAAGUGUCACUAUGACACUCGGUGAGAAUAAUUCUAUUUUAUGAUUUCAAUUUAACCAGACUUAAAGUAGACGACGAAGGCGCUGCGGUGACAGGCGUCAAAGAGACAACCAGAAAAGCCACUGCCUACUCUCAUCCUAAAAAUGACAAAAUAAAGUUUUGGGAUCUACCUGGUAUAGGUAUGUACCAGUUGUUGGUACAAUACAUUGAUAAAAUAAGGACGAAUAAGGAAUGUGGUCCUCUUUUCGAAUAAGGACUGGACUCAGAUAAUGAUGUUAUGGUCGUAACGUGGCAGUAUUCAUUAUAAUGAUAGGGUGAUAUGAUGAUAACGGUGGUGAUGCAUGGUGAUAGAAGUAGUGGUGAUGAUUGUGGAGAUAAUAUUCCCACGGUGGUCAGGCAAACUUUUCAGCCUGCCCGGGGUGGAUACACUCAGAGUAACACCACAAACAACAAUAUAUUAAAAAGGUUCAGACAAGUCCAUGUUGCAAGAAUCCAAAAGCACUUAUCACUUUGACACGUAAAUUGACCACUUUCACAGCGCAAUUACAAUAACAUACUAAUAAGUCAAACGACUAUCACUUGCAGGCACUCCAAACUACCCAGAUCUUGACACCUACAGCAAGAAAGUCAGCUUGGAGAGGUACGACACCUUUCUAAUCUUAACCGCUGGUCGCUUCACUCAUAACGAUCUGCAGUUAGCCAAAAGAGUUAAAGAAAUGAAAAAGUCGUUCUUUUUUGUGCGCACCAAGAUCGAUCAGGACGUCGAUAAUGAAAGCGACAAGAAUGCAUUUAAUGAAGAAGCAACGUUGAACGACAUUAGAGGAGACUGUUUGAAAAAUUUGAAACGCUCAAGUUUCGGCGAUGUAGCGGUCUUUCUCGUUAGUAAUCGUAAAACGGCCAAGUGGGAUUUUGCUCGUUUGCAAGAGGCCAUUCUGGAUGUCUUGCCACUACGUCAAAAACAAAGUUUAACGCUGUCCUUAACAAGCCACUCUAAGAAUAUUUUAAAAGAAAAGGUUAAAUUACUUCGAGGUAUGCGUAAAUAAAUUUGUUGAUAUGGAGUCGCAAAGUCCUUUAAUCUGCGUGGGCUUUCUCCACCAAGUGGUGACAGAGGGGUAAAUUAGGGAUAUACUAAGUUGUUUAUAUUCGAAGUUGUAUUGAAAACAAGGUAUUGGUGGUAUUGUUAGUUGAAGGACAUACCGAAAGGGAGGAUAGUGUAAGGAAUGGUGUUUAUUAUCAUAUUUUUUAUCAAUACUCCUCUUUGUUUCAGAUCAAAUUUGGAUGGUCGCAGCCGCUUCCGCUGUAGUCGGGGCAGUUCCAUUUCCUGGAUUUUCCUUUGCAAUAGAUGCCAUCCUUUUGACAAAAGAAGUGAAUCUGUACAAAUCUCAGCUCGGCCUACCUGAGGAAAAUUCUUACGAGUUCCGCAGAAUGACUCCAGAAAAUCAGGAUAAAGUCCACAAGUUUUGUAUGACAAGCGCGAUACAAACUACAAGUCUUGUGGCAGCUUACACUGCGAGUUCCGCAGUUGAAGAAACUGCUCGAUACAUUCCGUUCUUAGGAAGCCUUAUUGCUGGAAGCAUUUCGUUUUCUUCCACCUAUUAUUUCCUCCAUGACUGCUUGAACGAAUUGGAAGAAACAGCAAUGGCGUUCCUGGAUAUAAAGAGUACAAGAGUUGUGGACGAUUAUGUGAACAAGGUUGAUUAG